AUGGACAACAACGGCUUUGAUUAUAAUGCGCUCAGAGGUAUCAAUCCAAAGUUCUCAAUGUCGCAGACGUCGGACGCGUCGACGACGAAAGUCAAGCCGAAGACGUUCUCAAUGACGCAGGGUAGGCCACCUAUACAAAAACCAAAAAUCAGCUCGACACACAACGCAAGUUCCUUCAAGUUUGCCCUAUUCAAGAGACCUGAAGCCUUGGCCAUUCCUGACGCGUCCCGACGAUCCGUGUUUUCUUUUCAAGCGCAACAACGAACGCAGGCUGAGGGUUCAUCUCAGAAUCGCCUAUCGGCACCACUAUUUCUUUCAGAUGUCCAAGAAGCAUUGGAGGCACCGGUCAAUAUCCUGCAGGAUCGCGACGUCGGACAAGGGGAGGCACAAGAGGGAAGAAGAGACGCGUCAUCACCGUUGCCGGCCUCACCCAAAUAUGAAGGCCGCGCAUACAUACAUCCAGCAUCGCAUAAAUCGCCGCCAAAUCCUCCCUCAUCGACCACUUCACACAGAGGAACAGAAUUCUCGCCAGAAUAUAGCCGGGAACCCGACAGAACUGCAUCUCUGACCUCGAUUCCAGGCGAGUCGAACCACAAACCGAGUCGUCGACAAUCCCCGGCCCUAUCUGGAGCGCAUACAUCUUCUUCGCCUCCCCCUUCACGCCCCAGCUCGCGGUCUCAAGCAGUUUUUCCGCGAUCAAAAAAUGAAUUAGGUUUCAAUUCGAUUCCAGAUACGUCUCUCAAACCACAACAAACUCCUCCCAUUGCGAAAAGGGAUGUAAAGCGAGCGUUUAGCGAUCUCCUUGAGCAUAACCACCGAUAUGAAGCUUUUUUUGCGGAGUCGGUUGCGCUGCAAACACAAAAUGAGUAUUUAUCUCGGAUGCGCAGUGCGACCACGAAGGAUCUCAAGUCUGUGCGUGAAGAACUUUCCGCUACAGCAGCGCAAUUGGCAUCUGCUAGGUCGGAGCUCGCCGGCGCUCUCCCACUGUUGAAAUCAACGGAAAAUGAAUUAAGCACCGCCAAGUCUGACCUCGCCUUAACACGCUCGAAUCUUGCGGACGCCGUCGCCGAAAUAUCGUCCCUAAAAACUUCUUUGGAGCAAAUGGCGCAUUCUACUGAACAGGAAAAGUUGGUGAAGGAAGUGGCUGAAAAGAGGCUCUUCACGGCGAAGCAAGGUCUGACAACUCUCCGAGAAAACUACGAGUCACUUCAUUCCUCCUUUGUCGCUCUUAGAAAGUCUCACGAGGCAUCGGCAGCUUCGCUUUCACAAGCUGUCGCCGAGGCGACUGAGAUUAAGCGGUCUGCAGCGGAUGCCUUGACCAGUGUCAAACCUCUCCUUGAAGCGGGCGGUGGCCUUUCUCGCGCAUCUGAAAUGAGAGACACUAUUCAAGAACUCCAGGGAGAGUUGGGGUCAUCCCAGCGUGUGACCGAUCUCCUUCGAGACAAGCUCCACCACCUAUCUUCCCAGCUCGCGGAUGCGCAAGCACGGAUCAAAGAUUUCGAAGAUACGGAGCGCGGGACGCUGAGUGUUCUUCGCGAUCGCUUGGACGAUAAGCGGAGCUUGGAAGUUUUGUGCAGUGUCGGGACCAAGGUAGAAGACCUGACAGACCGUCUGGCGAAGCACGAACGGGAAAGUAUCGAUAACCUCGCCGAAGCAGCUGGUGUAGAAGCAAAGCUCAUCGCCGUCACUCAUGAACUGCAGAAUCUGAAAACUUCCUCAUCAGCAAAUCUCCUUGAGCUGCAGGAGCUGAGGGUCAUCAAGGAGGAGGGUCUUUCGAAGUUGCUCGGGUCUCAAGAAGUCAUCAACGCCAAGGACAAGGAAAUUAUCGGUUUGAAGGCAGAGGUCAAGGCUUUCGGCGAAUCGAAGGCUGAGUUGAGAGCAUUGGUUGCGGAAGCUAAGAAAGCGGUCGCGGAGAAAGACCGCGAGCUCAGAGCUAGGGAUUCAAAUAUCUUGUUUGAGCAAAAAGUCGAGGACCUGAAUUCGCAGGUCGUUUCUGCAGAGGCAUCGUUGAAAGUAACAAGAGAGUGGCUCGCACUGGCUCAAUCCGAGGCUCGUGAGCGUAAAGAGGAAAGCGACAUUCUGAAGACAAAGGUCGAGAGCCUUGAAGUCGCUCGGACCGAAUGGGAGGGUCUGAAUUCCAAGUUACAAGCACAGAUUCAAGAGCUUAGCACAAAAGAAGCUCUGGCUGUACGGACAACCCAACUUGUUCAAGCUGAGAUCAAGCGGGUCACAGCGGAAGCCAAGAAGGCCGGUGAGGAAGCGAGUAAAACUAUCGAAUCGCUUCGUCAAGCGAAUCGUCGGUUGGAGAGUCGAUUGGACGAACAAAAUACGGCUCUAGUUUCGGCAAAUGACAUGAACAACGCACUCCAGACUAGAUUGGAUGAGCAGAUGGCUGCCUUGACGCUAGCCAAGGACCAAAUCACCGCGAAUGAGGCGGGCGUACAAGAGAUCGUUCACAACCUCAGGACAGAACUCGCCGUUGCCCAUGAGCAGAAACUCGCGCUUGAGCGUGAGACCGCCAACCUCAAAGUUUCCUUCAAUCAUCUUACUCGGGAAUCCGCCGCCUCACUGGCAGCUGCUCAAGUGGACUUUGAGAAAAAGAUGAACAAGCAGGAGAAAGCUAACGAGCGACUUGUUUCGGCGCAAGAAAAACGUGCCGUUGCCGCUGAGAAGGCGGCCACUAUGGCGGAGAAUGAUGCUGAAGAAGCAAGAACGGCGAGGGAGGAGCUUGCUGGUAGGCUUGCUUUGGCGGAGAUGUCCGUGAUUGCGAUUGCUGAGGAUGGCGAGGCUGCGGCGACGAGGGAGUCUGGGCAGAUGAAGAUCAUGAAAGCUCGAGCUGAGGAGCUGGAGGCAAGAAUGGGCGAAAUGACGAAGAAUGCCGAAACGCUUUUGACUCGGUACCAUGAUGCGAACUUGACCGACCCAGAGAAGGACCUGGUGAACCAUGUCAUCCUUCAAACCCAAACGAGUUACGAACAGGACGUCGUUGCUAAGGAUAACGAGCUUCGAAGACGUGAACACCUCGCAACCGGCCUCCAUAGUCGAAUCCACUCUUUGGAGGCGGCACUGGCGCAGAUGCUCAAAGAGAAGGCAAAGAGUGCUGGGCCAGACGCGAAGACUUUGGUAAAUUUCCGGAUGUGGCUUCCCUCGAGCCCGAUCGACGAGUCGUUGCAAACUUUGGCCGAUAAUGCAAUGGAGCAAACGAUCGAACCUGUUCCCGACGCAGCGCAGCGCUCUUCACCAGAUCCAGCCCACCUCUCUUUGCCGGCUCCAAGUCCCAAACAACAGGAAGAAAUGAUCAAACCGCCAUCACCCAUCUCGAAACCUCAGCCCAGGGCGACUAAGCAAAAGAAGAAGAGCUUCAAGACCCUUGAGGACGCCGAUUCGGACUAUGAGUAUGACAACAGGGACAACGAUUUAAGCGACUUGUCCGAUCUGGAGCCUUUGUCGCCAGCAGGGAGGUGCAUGAGAAAGCGUGGUCGUUCUGUAUCACCGCCAGCUACUGUGACCGUCGAGGAGCCUGUGAGGACAAAACGAAGAUUGGUAUACACGUUUCUAUGCUCCGAUAUUCCUCCGCUGUUUUUCACCCCUUGUUUGAAAUGUAGAGGGCCACAGGAGUUCAGAAUCCGGCUGUCGUUACGGCGCUUGUCAUGCCGUUCCCGCAGGAAGAAGUUUCGGUUUCGACUUCCCCAGCUGUUCAGAAGAAGGCCUCCGAUGGGCCUGUCAAGACUCGCCAGAAGAAGCGCAAGUAGCUGGUUGGUUCUCGUUAUCAAUGCCCUGUUGGUCGGUCUUUUUGCGGUACUUGGGACUCUGUUUUCUUAA